UCCCGCUCAAGAAUUUGAGGCUAAAAUGCUUUUGAGACAGCAACCAAUGAACGAUGUGAUAGACCGAGGAGAUUCGGUUGUUCAGGAGUUCUACCGAGGAGCCACGGUGUUCGUGACAGGCGGCUCCGGCUUCCUCGGCAAGCAGCUCGUAGAGAAACUCUUCAGGGCAUGUAAAUUGAAGAAAAUGUUUCUUCUGCUGAGACCAAAAAAAGGGAAAUCGAUGCAAGAGAGAUUGGAGUACAUGCUACAAGAUUCAGCAUUUGACGUGGUGCGCGGAAAACGUCCUCGUUUCGCAGACAAGAUUGUACCAGUCAGUGGGGAUGUGGCUGAUGUACGGCUUGGCCUUAGUGAUGCGGAUUGGGCCACUAUCACAGCGGAGGUGGAUAUUGUGAUUCACAUGGCAGCUACCAUACGGUUUGACGAGCCUCUCAAUGUUGCCACGCUGACUAACGUGCGUGGCACCAGGGAGACCUUGGAACUAGCCAAGAAUUGCAAGAAACUAAGGAACUACGUCUAUGUGUCAACAGCAUACAGCCAAGCUACUGAGGAGAGGAUAGGCAAAGAUGUGCUGGAGCAGUUCUACCCGUGUCCCGUGGCUCCGAACGUCAUGAUAGCCAUGGCUGAGCGGAUGGAUGUAGCCAGGCUGAAUGGCAUUACUCCAGAGUUGACCAAAGGAUGGCCGAACACAUAUGCCUUCACGAAAGCCAUUGCUGAGGAGAUGGUAAGGAUCUAUGCUGCCGACCUCCCCGUCUGCGUUGUCAGACCGCCUAUAGUUGUGGGCGGUUACCGAGAGCCGAUGCCAGGCUGGUUAGACAUGAGCAGUGUCAUGGGACCUAGUGGAGUAAGGGUUCUUAUCUUGGCUUCAUGA